UAUUCUACACAAAUAAAUUGUUAAACCUAAUCAUUUAUACAUUUUGAGGGAAAAUUUGGGGAAUAUUCGUACUCACCGUUGACUACAAUUUUGCUGAAGCUGUUCUUGGAUGGAUUAUACUCAGCUCUUUCUUUCUUAAUUUCUUUCAAAUCCUUCAAACCUUCAUCAAUAGUUCCUAUAAAUUUGCAACCACAACUCCAUAAUCCACCGGAAAUAAGUUCGAUUCCCACAAACAAACCGCAAACCCAAUCGGUUUCCAUUUUCGAUCAAUUAGGGGAAAAAAUGUCUCAGUGUGCUUCAGAUUCGACCAAAAAUGUGUUGCAAAUGUCCAUCAAUGGCGACGAACCCCCGCCAGCUUACAUUGUCGAAGGCUCUGCAAUCGGCGGUGCGGGGGAGAUUCCGAUCAUCGACGUGGGCGUGUUUCUGCCGUCCUCGUCGCCGGAACCUGAGGCUUUGGACUCGGAAUUGGGAAAAUUGAGAUCUGCUCUGGCGAAGGAGGGAUGCUUUCAGGCAAUUGGACAUGGGAUUUCAAAUUCAUUUCUAGACAAGAUACGUGAGGUUGCAAAAGAGUUCUUUGAAAUGGGAGAAGAAGAAAAGCAAAAGUAUAGUCCAAGAAAUGAAGAUGAUAAAUUCCAAGGCUAUGGAAAUGAUGUGGUUGUUUCUGAAAAUCAAGUUCUUGAUUGGAAUUAUCGUAUCUUCGUUCAAGUUUUCCCACAUGAUUCGAGAAAACUCAAUCUUUGGCCAAAUGGUUUCAGAGAAAUCCUAGAAGAGUAUGUAGAUAACAUAAAGUUGGUAAUGGAAGUUUUAUACAAAGCGAUAGCGAAAUCAUUGAACAUCGACGAAGAUAGCUUCGUAAAGCAGCUCGGGGAUCGAUCACCGAUGAAUGCAAGGUUUAAUUUCUAUCCGCCGUGUUCGAGACCAGAUUUGGUUCUUGGAGUGAAGGCUCAUACAGAUGGAUCAGCUCUAACAAUUCUGUUACAAGACAAAGAAAUGGAAGGUCUCCAAGUUCUUGUAGAUGAUAAAUGGGUCAAAGUACCUGUCUUACCUUAUGCUCUCGUUGUCAAUCUUGGUGACCAAAUGGAGAUUAUGAGCAAUGGAAUAUUGAAGAGCCCAAUGCAUAGGGCAGUGACAAACUCAGAAAGGUUGAGGAUUUCAUUGGCAAUGUUUCAAAUACCUGAGAUUGAGAGAGAGAUUGGGCCAGUGGAGGCUUUGGUUGAUGAACAAACACCAAAGAAAUACAAAAACAUCCAAAACUAUGGUGCUAUCAAUUAUGAAUGCUAUCAAAAAGGAAUUGUACCUAUUGAUACUCUUAAAAUCUAAUAAUUUUUUUUUUUUGUUUCUUCUUUUUUUAUUUUAAAAAAAGCACUUCAACAUUCCCAAGUUGUUGGGUAAUGCUUUUAGUAUUAUUAUUUGAAAAUAAAUUUAAUGGUUGUAUUAUGAGAGAAAUAAUAUGUGAAUGUUGAUAAAUAUUUAUUGAGUGUAAA